AGAUCCUUUUUUUCUUCUUCAACCUCUCUAAAAAGCGCUAGAGGUCUUCUCAACCCUCUUUUCCUGUCAAAAUCAUCGUAUCCACCAAUCAAUAUUCUAGUGGUCCUGUUAAUAUCCUUCUGUUCAAGAAUAAAAGAGGCUGAGAUAUAUCAGAUUCUAUUCCAUUCUAUUCUCUUCAGCUAUGGCAGCUAAGAUUCUUGCCAACUUAAUUGUAAUGGGCUCUGGUAUUCUAGCUCGGGCUUUUGUUCAAGCCUACCGGCAAGCACUUGCAAUGACAUAUUUUUAUGCAGAUGCCUCAAAAUCUGGUGUUGCCCAAGAGACAAUUCAAAACACAAUCCAUAGGGGAAGCAAAGUAAUGACGGAGCAAGAAGCCCGGCAGAUUCUUGGUGUAACCGAGGAAACUGCUUGGGAGGAGAUACUGAAGAAAUAUGACACUUUAUUUGAGAGGAAUGCCAAAAACGGAAGCUUUUACAUCCAAUCAAAGGUUCAUAGGGCUAAGGAAUGUUUAGAGGCUAUACAUCAAGGCAAAGGCGAGGGUACCCCUAGUUGAGAAUUUGGUGAAGAUUUUCCUUUGCACAUACUGACCCUUGUAUUAUUGGUUUUGAUCCGAUGAGAUGUCCUGAAAGAUUAAAAUUUUAUACACAAGUUUGUUUCUUAUCUUCUGAGUUAAGUAUUAGCUGAAAACUUGUGGUUAUUUAUUGAAAAUUAACCUGGUAGUUGCAAAAUCAUCCAAAAUAAUGUAUGCUACAAAAGCCAUCAGUGUUUGCUUUGAUUUUAUGAAUAUCAAAUUGUGUCUAUGGACAUUCAUUAGACUAA